GCGGACCGCGCUGACGCCAGCGGGACGGGCCAAGGGAUUGAGGGCCCGGCAGCCGCCUGUGAGAGCGGAGGCACGGGGCUGCCAGGUGCCUGGCCCGGUGCUCUGUCAAUGCUUGGAGCAUUGAAUUGGAUGGGUGGGUGUUACAGCCAGUUAAUCCCGCCCCUUUGAAGCAGUCCUUUUGCUAGCCAGUGGCUCUCGUGGAAUUCAGCAGCAGACUGGCUAAAGGCAUCCUUGGAGACGUCCAGCCCCACAAGGAAAUAGGACCAGAGAAGGCCAACAACUUGCCCAGGUCAUACAGCUAGGAAGAGGCAACUCUGGAACUGGAGCCCAGGCUCAGCCUUUGACUCCUGGUCAUUCUAACGGCUGGAGGUCAAAUCCCCUUGUAAAAAGGAUUUGUUCUGUGAAGUUUGGAUGCAAAGAGCCGCACUUGAAAACCUAGAGCGCCACAUAUGGCCUCGGGGUUGAAGGUUCCAACCCCGUAACCCUUGGUCUUCGCAGAUGUCGACGGACCCCAGACCCUUGUCCUAAGUCUGGUUCACUCUUUGAGUAAAAAGGGCCAAAAGGAUUGGAGCUCAAUUGGAGCUCAUGGCCUUGGACCAGUCCUUGCCUCACUAGAUGCCUCCAGCGUCCCUUCAGGUUGUGACAGAAACAUCACAUCGGAGCCAAUGGGAACCAAGUUCUAAUGGUGCAUCCCUCACACCUGGAGGGCCUCAGGUCUGGCCAGCUCCGGGCUGCUGCUGGUCCAGUGUCGGCUGCAGACAGCAGCAUUGUUCCCAGACAGAGUCCUCAACUGGCACUGAGAACAAGCAGGCUCCACAGCAUCUCCCAGGCAGAAGGCUGGAGCUCAGAGGCAUCCCUCAGUGGAGGGAGAAUCCAGUGCUAGGGAGCCCCAGCUUGGGGCUGGGUGAUGUUCUAACUGAUUCUCUCCUGCCAUUUUCCUGCCCCUCCCCCUGAAUCAUCAGCAACUGAAGGACAAAAGGAAACAUGGAACGACACAAAUGCUACUCCAGGGAAUUUUAUGACCAAUACGCCCAAAGUCAAGACAAGUCAGUUGUGAACAAGAUGCAACAGAAGUAUUGGAAAACAAAGCAAGCCCUCAUCAAGGUGACAGGCAAGAAGGAAGAUGAGCAUGUGGUGGCCUCAGACGCAGAUCUGGAUGCCAAGCUAGAGCUGUUCCACUCCAUCCAGAGGACAUGUAUGGAGCUCCUCAAAGCCAUUGAACUCUAUCAGAAGAGGAUUUGCUUCCUGUCACAAGAAGAAAGUGAGCUGGGUAGGUUCCUUCGCUCCCAGGGUUCCCAGGACAAAACUCGAGCAGGGAAGAUGAUGCAGGCCACGGGGAAGGCACUGUGCUUCUCCUCUCAGCAAAGGCUGGCCUUGCGGAGUCCUUUAUGCCGACUCUACCAGGAGGUGGAGACAUUUCGGUACCGCGCUAUAUCUGACACCUGGCUCACUGUGAACCGGAUGGAACAGUAUCGCACUGAGUACCGUGGCGCUUUGCUGUGGAUGAAAGACGUGUCUCAGGAGCUGGACCCAGACCUUUUUAAGCAAAUGGAGAAGUUUCGGAAGGUCCAAGCCCAAGUGCGCCAUGCAAAGCUCAAUUUUGACCAGCUCAAGAAUGAUGUGUGUCAAAAAGUGGAUCUCCUUGGAGCGAGCAGAUGUAACCUGCUGUCUCACGUGCUCACAACAUAUCAGACUACCUUGCUUCAUUUCUGGGAGAAAACCUCACACACCAUGGCAGCCAUCCAUGAGAGCUUCAAAGGUUACCAGCCUUAUGAGUUCACCAUGUUGAAGAGCUUACAGGACCCUGUAAACAAGUUGAUAGAAGAUGCCGAAAAGAAGGAACGAGCCAAGAAAGAAAGCUUGGAAAGGGAGCCCCAGCAGCCAGACUCGCUGAUAUCACUGGAUGUGGAAAACCCUGACAUCACGCCCGCCUACUUCACUGAGGAUGAAAAGAAUGCCUUCUCCACCCUAGAAGAGGAGUCGACUCAUAUCCAGUGCUCAGGAACCAUUGAUGAGCUGUUGGACCUGAUGCCGUCAGAGACAGGGGCCUCGGAGUCUGAGGUGACCGACAAGGACGACAUGCAACUGCUUAAUGAGAUUCUCAAUGCAUCGUCCUUGGAUGAGGGAGACUUCAGCAAAGAGUGGAAGGCGGUCUUUGGGAACAAGCAGACCCCAGAGCCCACCGCCACGUGUGUGCCAGGAGAGCCAGAACCAGGACCCCCUCCAUCACCAAGCUUCCUCCCUUCCCAGCUGCUAGACAAAAAUAUGCAUGACUUACAGUCAUCCCUCCAAGGCUGGAGAGAGAGCCCGGGCAGCCCUCCAACCAUCUGGAAGCCAUCAGUGGCCCCCAAGCCCGCUAGCAGCACCACGCCCCCUGUGAAAGAACCCGAAAAGAGCUCUCGAGACCUGACGGCCUGGUUCAGCCUUUUUGCCGACCUGGACCCACUGUCCAACCCGGACGCUGUCGGGAGAACGGACAAAGAACACGAGCUGCUCAAUGCCUGAGUCCGUGCGGGUCGAAGCGCACUGGCGCCGCUGCCACUGCGUGGCCGGCCUGAUUACUGCGUGAAUGUUUCUGUGCCAUGACAAUAAAAGGGGACAGGUAGAAGCCCUGUUUAUAUUGCUA